AUGUGCUUCUACCACGCCUACACCCACACCUGCGGCCACACCGAAAUGGUCUUCCAACAGCUCUGCCCAAAGGGCCAAAUGGUGCAGCAAAAGUGCAAAAAGGGGCUCGAUGGCGUCAUCCUAGCCACCAUCAAGAUUGAGACGCGGUGUGCGAUCUGUUCGCGUUGA